CCAGGCUCACAAGCAGCUGAGUGCAAAUCCUUGAUCUGCAGCUUCCACAAAUACACACACAGCUAAAAUGGCGGAAGACGCUGAUAUGCGCAAUGAGUUGGAAGAAAUGCAGCGGCGUGCUGACCAGCUUGCUGAUGAAUCCCUUGAGAGCACCCGUCGAAUGCUGCAGCUUGUUGAAGAGAGUAAAGAUGCUGGUAUCAGGACUUUGGUUAUGUUGGAUGAGCAAGGAGAACAACUGGAACGCAUCGAAGAGGGAAUGGACCAAAUCAAUAAGGACAUGAAAGAAGCAGAAAAGAAUUUGACGGACCUAGGAAAAUUCUGUGGUCUUUGUGUCUGUCCAUGUAACAAGCUUAAAUCAAGCGAUGCUUACAAAAAAGCCUGGGGCAAUAAUCAGGAUGGUGUUGUAGCCAGCCAGCCUGCACGUGUCGUAGAUGAACGGGAGCAGAUGGCCAUCAGCGGUGGCUUUAUCCGCAGGGUAACAAACGACGCACGGGAAAAUGAAAUGGAUGAGAACCUCGAGCAGGUCAGCGGCAUCAUUGGCAACUUACGUCACAUGGCCCUGGACAUGGGCAAUGAGAUCGACACACAGAAUCGCCAGAUUGACAGGAUCAUGGAGAAGGCUGAUUCCAACAAAACCCGGAUUGAUGAAGCCAACCAGCGUGCAACAAAGAUGCUGGGCAGUGGUUAAAUGCAGUGAAGUGCAUUUCCUUUUAAUGCUGUCCGACAGGGCAGUAUCUUCAUGCUUUUAUCAUGGUAUUUACCUACUAGGUUUGCACACAUGCACAUAUCAGCCCCAUUGUAAAUGUUGUCCUGUGUAGUUUGUCAGCUUUCCAAAAAUGAUACUUGUAAUUAUUUUUUUCUAGAUAUCAUUCUUUCCAAAGGUUGUACAUAGUGCUGAUUUGAUGGCUAUAGCUCAUUAUGAUGUUUUUUGGCAUUUUUCCUUUCCUUAUUUCUGUUUUGGAUUCCUUUCCUUUUUUUUCCCUCUCUUCCUUUUUUUUAAAUGAUGUUUGCUGAAUGACAACACUGUUGGAAUGCUAAACGUGCUGUUAACCUUUAAAUAUGCAGUAUUGUUCUUGUAAAACUGUGACAUUCCACAGAGCUACUGCCAUGCUCCUGUCUUUGAGUAUCAUGAUGUUUAAGCACUUAAACCUGCUGUCUUCAGUUCUUCAUUGCCAUUAUCUGUUGUUAUGAUUUAAUGAUUAGACAAUGUGGAAUUAUAUAACUAUAACAAGCAUUGCACUAAAAAGUGAUGUGAUUUAUGCAUUUAUGCAUGAGGAAUAAAUAGACUUUUAGACUCCUACUUAAACAAGACUUUUCCCAUGGCAGUAGCACACCAACAAUGACAACAAAAGCAUGCUCAGUAUUCGGACUCUUUUGGGACUAUGUUAUACCAGCAAGUUUGCAGUCGUGCCACUUUUUUCUUGUUGAUAUAUAUAUAUAUAGUUAUUAAUCAUGAUAAUUUUUUUUUAAUUAUGAAAAAAGAGGGAUUUGGCACUCACCAUUUAGCCAUUGCCAGCAAAAUAAAAGCUUGGCUGAAAAUAUGUCAAAGACAAAAAGAAAUAAGUGUAAUAUAUUGGGUUUGUCUGCUGCUUUUGAAGACUAUCUUUUGGAGGAAACGACUACCAUAUGAAAUGGUGCAAAGAAAUGUAAUUUUUAUAAAGGCUCUCUCUUACUAGUCGCUAUCCCCAUGUGGUUUGUUAUUGGUACAGUUCUCUGUUGCUUACCUAGAGCUAUGCACACCAAAUCGCUGAGAUGUUUAGUAGCUGACUUAAUUAAAAAAUAAUAAAAAAACCUAAAUGAAUGAACUCUAGAUAAACUGUGAGAUAAAUAUAAUUUAUAGCAUGUAAUAUGAAAUUCCUUAUGUCUCCUGUCAGUUUGUGAAGUGAUUGACAUUUUGUAGCUAGUUUAAAAAUUAUUAAAAAUUAUAGAUCUCAGAAUCCAUGCUUGCUUUAUCCAUUUGUUGCCCUACCUGUCAGUGACAACUGUUGCCACUUACCUGGGAAAAAGAGAAGCGGAAAGAAGUCUAAAGACUCCUUACAAACUGGUUCUGUAUUAUACGUGGGAAACUAAAGAUUUCUGUUUGCAAUCCUGUAUAGAAGUAACUACUCUAAAAAAAGCAUUUUACACUCAACACAUAGCAAGUGAAUAUUCUUUAAAAUAACCUGGCUUGGGUUGCUAAACACUGAAUCAAGAUAAAUUCUCUUGUUCAA